UGCCCUAGACUCUGGAGGAGACGGUCACUGGCUGUGAUGAGACCCACAAGCCACCGUCGAUAAAUGAGCAACAUCCUGCCAUCUGCUACACACCAUGAAACUCCCGUACACAGCAUGGAAACUCUGUGCAGGGCUGUCUUGGGAGCAGGAGGCAGUUGUUGAGGAAUCAGAAGGACAGAAAGCGGGGGAGGUGGAAGCAGGGACUCACUGGUUACUUAAAAUGGACCAGAAAGAUACAAGGAAUAGAAGGGCUUCUUUUAAGCCCUUUGUGAUUUUGGUUUUAUGAUUUUUGGGGGUGGAAAGCCUUGCCCUAAAUCCCCUGCCUCCAGACCUGGGCACGCUGAAGACAUUUUGAUGGCACAGCUGUGAACAAAUUCCUUAGCAUCUCUACCUGGUAGGUGUUCCCCAGGGAGUGAGAGCAAUUUGGGGUCUCCAGAAGUCCUGUGUGCAGUCUAGCCGCAGACUCUUGUUCUCCCAUCAGUGGGGAAGAAGAGCUCCCUACUGACUUCCACCUCUUCCUUGUCCAUUCCAUUCACCUUUGUUCCACUUGUCCAGGGCACUUCUGCCCUGUGGCCUGGAUGUUCGGGAAUGGGUCCUGCAGUGGAGGGCUGGCUUCCCCUCCAGCCCAACCCAGCCCCCCAGAGUAUAGGCCCCACUGCUGGUAUGACCACACUGCCCACAGACCAGUUGGCAGGUAGACUGCCCAGUCACCAGGGCUUUGUCAUUGUUAUAAGUACAAGUACUUAUAAACUCUGUCUUCAUCCCGUCCCUUUCCUGCCUCCCCACUAAGACACAGACAGUAGGAGGGGGUUCAGACUAGGGGAGUCAGCAAGGGGCUGUGUCUGGAUAUGGAAAGGGGGAGCUCAGUUGGGGGUGAGGACCUGGAGUCUUCCCUGUCCACAGUCAUGGGAUCCACUGUUCAGCCAGGCCAUGUGGGUGCCAUGUGGGCAGGCUUGAGCCCAUGUGACCAGCUCACCCGUCUGCCUUCUAGGUCUUCUCCAAGAUCUUUAGCCACGAGGCCCUGGAGAGCUACCUGCCCAAGAUUCAGCUGGUGAUCCAGGACACACUGCGUGCCUGGAGCAGCUACCCCGAGGCCAUCAACGUGUACCAGGAGGCACAGAAGCUCACCUUCCGCAUGGCCAUCCGUGUGCUGCUGGGCUUCAGCAUCCCUGAAGAGGACCUCGGGCACCUCUUCGAGGUCUACCAGCAGUUUGUGGAGAAUGUCUUCUCCCUGCCUGUCGACCUGCCCUUUAGUGGCUACCGGCGGGGCAUUCAGGCACGGCAAAUCCUCCAGAAGGGCCUGGAAAAGGCGAUCCGGGAGAAGCUGCAGUGCACCCAGGGCAAAGACUACUCGGACGCCCUGGACAUCCUCAUUGAGAGCAGCAAAGAGCACGGGAAGGAGAUGACCAUGCAGGAGCUGAAGGACGGGACCCUAGAGCUGAUCUUCGCAGCCUACGCCACCACGGCCAGUGCCAGCACCUCGCUCAUCAUGCAGCUGCUGAAGCACCCCGCCGUGCUGGAGAAGCUGCGGGAGGAGCUGCGGGCCCAGGGCAUCCUGCACAGUGGUGGCUGCCCCUGCGAGGGCACCCUGCGCCUCGACACGCUCAGUGGGCUGCACUACCUGGACUGUGUCAUCAAGGAGGUCAUGCGCCUUUUCACACCCAUUUCUGGUGGCUACCGCACAGUGCUGCAGACCUUUGAGCUCGAUGGUUUUCAGAUCCCCAAAGGCUGGAGUGUCAUGUACAGCAUCCGGGACACCCACGACACGGCGCCUGUGUUCAAAGAUGUAAAUGUAUUUGACCCUGACCGCUUCAGUCAGGCUCGGAGUGAAGACAAGGACGGCCGCUUCCAUUACCUCCCAUUUGGCGGCGGUGUCCGGACCUGCCUGGGCAAGCACCUGGCCAAGCUGUUCCUGAAGGUGCUGGCGGUGGAGCUGGCCAGCACAAGCCGCUUUGAGCUGGCCACCCGGACCUUCCCUCGCAUCACCCUGGUCCCUGUCCUACACCCCGUGGACGGCCUCAGCGUCAAGUUUUUUGGCCUGGACUCCAACCAGAACAAGAUUCUGCCAGAGACGGAGGCCAUGCUGAGCGCCACAGUCUAACCAUGUCAAGCCCACACCCCCAGCCUCAGCCCAGCCAGGCCCUGGCUGUGGUGGGUGAUGGAAGGGUAGAAACCUGUGUGUGCUGGAACCCAGGGAAGGGGGAGCAGCCCCCAUACCUUGCCCUCCCCCCUUCCCCUCCCUGGCAAACCCUACCCAAAGCCCAGAGGGCCCCAUCCUUCCAAGGAACAGGGGCCCUUCUGGCUCCUGCUUCUUUCCAGUCUCCCCAGCUCCCACAGGCUUAGCCCCUGGGAAAGGGCAGGGCCAGGGGCCCCGCGCUCCCACCACAGGGUUAAACGUCAGCUGGCUUGUGCUCAGCACUGGCUUAGGAUCUUCUGACCCUGUCCGUCCCCUCCCUGUUCUUCUGGGCCUUCUUACUUAAAGAUCAGGUGGUUGACAUGGGGAAAGGAGCACAGAGAUGCCCCCUUUGGCACUCUCUCAGUGCUCCCUCCCCUCCUGUCUUGGCUCAGACUGGCCAGUGUCCCUCCUGGUGUGGCCACUGAGGAACAGCAUCCUGGGUAACAGAACAUAGUCACCCCUGGCAGGGCAGGGGCUGCAGCCAGCCUGAAGGGACCCCACCCCUUUGCCAGUUUGGACAUUUAAAAUUACCUGUUGCUGCUACUUUUUCUCUUCUGACCUUGGGGCAAAGGAACCCCAGGCUCUGUCCUCCCAGCAUCGCCCCUGGUGGCCCUGGGCACAAGCACUGACAUCCCCACCUGCCCACCAGGCAGCCUUGAGCCCACCCUGUUCCCCACCACACACACAUCCCCAAGGCCCUUGACUCAUGGGCUGCCCCCUGCACACCCUGUCCCCCAUAUUUAUUCACUGAUAUAACUGAAUCUUGGCUAAACGGGGGGGGGGUUUGAACAAGCAUCUCUCUGUUCCCUAGCCCCUGCCUGGGACAGGACUUCUGAGAGUGAUGCAGUCCCCAGCCUAGGACUGAGCAGCUUCCCCAGGCUCCAGACCUUUUGUGGUUCAAACUCAGAGCCUCCCUCCUAGGGCGAAAUCCAGCACCUCUGCCUUUAUACCCUGGUGGAGAUGGGGAAAUGGCCCACUGCCUGCCUCCCUGCUCUGUCAGAAACCCUGAUCACAUGGGAAUCUGGAGGCUGCCGCGAUCUGCUUGGUCCCUGGUCUCCCCUGUGCCCCCUACUCCGGCUAGUGAGUAUGGGGAAGGAUACGGGUUCUUUCUUCUGAUGGGGAGUGAGGGUCUCCGUCAUCCCUCCCUUGACCCUCAUCUUUUGUUCUUUGCCUUUGGAAAGGUGUCUUUGAAGUCCCUUCCCACCUGUAUGCCACUGUCUACUUAGCCCAGCUCAGGGGGGUGGGGACGAGAUGGAAGCAAGGGAGGUGAGUGUAGAAGGCAGCCCUUCCUCUGAGCUGGUUCGGGCCCUCCACGGGGCUGUCAGGGGCAGCUGUGGGGGAGGCUGCAGGGAGAGCUGAGGAGGAGGGUAUGUGUGAUUGGUCAGAAGUGAUUUUGUUGAAAACUGGCCGGUCAGGACGACUGGGGGAAAGAGGAGUAGUUCCUGCCACUGGCAUUUUGACUGUUGACGAUUUGGGAUGCCUCUGGGGACGGCUUGGGGUCUUUGGUGAGUCUCUAAGUGAUUGUGACUGUUUUCAGAUUUUUCUGUGCUUUCCAUGGUUCUCUAUUGGCUUUUGAUGUUGUAAAAGCAAUGAAUUCCCUUUACAAGAAAAUUUAAAACACACAGAAGUAGGACGCAAGAUGUCUAUCCCCCUAAUUGCCUCUCUGUAGCAGCGACCACUGUGAGGUGCUCAGAGGCUCCUCCUGGGGUGUGCAGCGGGGAGAGGGAGAACCCCGCUCUCGCCCGCAUCACAAUACCUCGUGGUACACUUUACAGGAAUGGGCUCAUGCCUAAUGGAUUGUCCUAUUUACCCCAUUCUCCAGUGUCUCAUUUGGUUCCCAUUUUUUCACUAUUAAAACAAAAGUGCAGAACAGACAUUGUUGGUAAAAGUACACAUUUUAAAAAAUUAGUAAAAUCUCUCAAUUGCCCCACAUUCCACAUUCUGAAAAACAGGCAAAAAACGUGUGAAGACUCAUCAAAGCUUGUGAAACAGCUGCAUGGUGCACCAGAAUUUGUUAUCUACAAAAAAAGCCCUGUGUCUAGAAGGUUCAUGCUCCUUUAAGCUGACCCAGCUUGCCCUGAACCAAUCAUUUUUGAGUAUCUAGGAAUGCAGUCAAUGCAGCUCAGACAGGAAGCCCACAGGCCUGGCCCUGCCCUGGGAGGCCUCAGUGGCCUUCCUUUGGGGUGGCCAGCCUGGGAGGGGCAGAGGGAAGGGCUGAGGGAGUCCCUGUGAGGAGGAAAGAAGUGUGGUUUGCCCUGCUGGGUCUCAAAGGCAACACGAAGAGAACUGAAGAAAGCUCCUGACUGGCUGACGGAGGGGUUCCGGUGUCAACACGCAUCCGUCCCUGCUCUGUACGUCGUCUGUGUCCGCGUGUGUAGGUUUUAUCGUGGUAGCAGUAGAUGGGUGACGUUUUCUCACCAUUCCUAACGUUGUAACGUGACAUAAACACAGAAAGAAGACAAAACCCCACAAAACUCUUCCUGCCAUGGGCUUGCAGAUUGAAGCACUUUUGAUGUCGGGCGCUGGCGUUUGUGUUCUGGGCACCAUCCCGACCCUGCCCAGAUCGCUAUAAUAUUAUUUUAUACACAGAACUUUUUUUUCAUAAAUGGUUUAAUUUUGUGUCUGUCUUUAUAAACUAUUAUAAGUACUAUUUUUGUUAUAAUUCAAAAUAGAUAUUUAGUAUAAAGUUUUUGCUGUUAAAUAUUUGUUAUUUAGUAAAAUAUGAAUUUUUUUCUCUAUUGUAAACAUGGUUCAAAUAAUGUUUUUAUCACAGUUGUUUUAAUAUUGAAAAAGCACUUGUGUGUUCUGUUUCGAUAUGAAACUGGUGCCGUAUGUGUGUUUUUGCUGUCAUGUGGUUUUAAUCUGUAUAUAAUACUCCAUCUUGCAUAUUAAAAAAAUGAAUGUUGUGCAUUUUGUGAUUUUGGAGAUACUCGGCAUUGCUCUUUCAUAGGCUUCCAUAAUAAACCAUGGGGAUGCACCCUC